CCGUUCUCGCGCACCGUCCACCCACACCCGCCUGUCAGCCAUGUUGUUCGUGUGACCCAGCUGUCAGCAACAGGUCCAGUUGACUAAACUAGACAUUCUUCUCGGAAUUACAUCAUUUUGCCAAUACGAGACGACUGCAUAACGCCAGGGAGACUUUCACUGCGGAUAGAAAAGUGGAGAAAGUAGUUGUUUUUUUGCCCGAUGAUUGUGAGAGAUGACUGCGAGCUAGCCGGCUGAGUAGAAGAACGGGAGUCCCCCCCCCCCCCGCCCCCUCUGCCACCUGCAGCCAUGAAUGGCGGCCGCAAUGUGUGGGCGAUCUCUCCAGAGGAGAGGGACAAACAUGAUAAACAGUUUGACACCCUCUCUCCCGCCAUGGGCUUCGUCUCAGGGGAGCAGGCCAGGAAGUUCUUCCUGCAGUCGGGUCUUCCCUCCUCAGUGCUGGCAGAGAUAUGGGCCCUGGCUGACAUGAAUAAGGAUGGGAAGAUGGACAGGUUGGAGUUCUCCAUCGCUAUGAAGCUCAUUAAGCUCAAACUUCAGGGCACACCCCUUCCCUCAUCUCUACCAAUCAUCAUGAAGCAGCCGCCAGUGCCCGCCCCUGCCUCAACAGGCGCCAUGUCCUCCUCACGCUAUGGAAUGGGCUCCAUGCCAAACCUGUCAACGAUGCCUGGAGCCGUCCCCAUGCUCACCCCCAUCCCCAUGACAUCUAACUUCUCAACCAUGACCCCUAACCUCUCAACCAUGACGCCUAACCUCUCACCCAUGACCCCUGUGACUGGCCUCACUCCUAUGGUCCCAAUGGCAACAGGCAUGGUCCCCCUGGUUGCCGCGUCAACAAUGCCCCUGCUGCCGUCCCUGGGCAGCCCCGCUCUCCCCAAUGGCACUAUGGGUAUCCUACAGCACCUUCCACCAGGACACAUGGGGACAGGCCUGCCUCUCUCUGUGCCCUACGCCUCCUCUCCUCUGGGUUUCUCUCCUGGGAUGAACAAAGCUACGUCACUGCUGGACCUAGGCUCAAGCAGCUCCAACUCUUCAUCCACCACCUCCCUGGCAGGUAGUUCUCCUAAGACGGCUCCCUCUGACUGGGCCGUGCCUCAGGCCUCGCGCCUGAAAUACAGACAGCAGUUCAACAGCCUCGACAAACACAUGACGGGAUACCUCACAGGUCAGCAGGUGAGGAAUGCCAUGGCAACCACUCUGCUCACUCAGACGCAGCUGGCCACCAUCUGGACCCUGGCCGAUGUGGAUAAGGAUGGGAAGCUAAGAGGAGAGGAGUUUAUUCUGGCCAUGCAUCUAGUGGACAUGGCCAAGACCGCCCAACCCUUACCUCUCACACUACCCAUAGAACUAAUACCGCCAUCACAGAGGGGUGCUGUGAAUGGGACCAGUUUAUCUCUCUAUGCUGGCAUCACUGAAGAACUGGAGGCUGAGCCACCACAGAAAACCAAAAGCAACUUAUCGUUUGAGGAUAAAUUCAAGGCCAACCUGGAGCGAGGGAACGCGGAGCUGGAGAAAAGACGACAGGCUCUGCAGGACGCACAGAGGAGAGAGGAGGAGAGACGCCAGCAGAAGGAGAGAGAGGAGCGAGAGAGGAGAGAGCGGGAGGCCAGAGAGCAGGAGGAGAGGAGGAGGAAGGAGGAGGAGAGGAGGCUGGAGCGGCAGAGGGAGCUGGAGAGACAGAAAGAGGAGGAGAGGCUGAAGGAGAUGGAGAGAAAAGAGGCGGCGCAGCGUGAGUUGGAGCGCCAGAGGAAGGAGGAGUGGGAGAGGAGGAGGAGAGGAGAGCUGCUGAGCCAGAAGAGUCAGGAGCAGGAGGACAUCGGCAGACUAAAAACCAGGAAGAGGAACCUGGAGAUGGAGCUGGAGGCUGUGGGUAACAAACACAGGCAGAUCUCUGAGCGGCUGCAUGAUGCUCAGAGCAAGAGGACGGUGCAGCGGAGCGAGCUGGAGCGGACCAACCAGAGACGAGACACAAGCAGACUGGACAUCAACUCCCUGCAGAGACAACUAGAGGAGUACCAGAGGAAGCUGUCCCAGCUGACUCCAGAACAGCAGAGGCUCAGUGACAAACUGAGGAACAUGGCCCUCAACAACCUGCCAGUCUCCACCAUGUCCACGCUGAAGCGCAGCGCCAAUGAGAAGGACGGAGUGUGUCGCAAACUGAAGCAGCAGCUGGAUGCUCUGGAGAACGAGACGGCCGCUAAACUGGCCGACAUGGACCACUACCAGAACGACAUACAGGAUCUGAGAGAGAGCCAGCGGAAGCAGCAGUCGGCUCUGGAUAAACUACGGAGCAUCAAAGAGGACAAACGGAGAGAACUGGAGAGACAGAGGGCGCAGGAGGAGGAGAGGAAGAGGAGGGAGGAGGAGGAGGCCCAAAGGUGCAUUAAGCUGGAGAAGGAGCGUCUCUGGCAGAAAAAGCUGCAGAGAGAGGAGGAGGAGAGACAGAUGAGGUUGCAGGAAGAGAGGGAGGCCAAACUGAGAGAGGAGGAGGAGAAGGAGGUGCAGGCCCGCCUCUUAGCUGCUAAAGAACAGGCAGAACGAGAACGCAGAGCGGAGGAGAGGAGAGAGCAGGAUAGGAGGAUGCAGGAGGAGAGGAGAAGACUGGAGGAAGAGGAGAGGAAUAUGAGGGAGGAGGAGAGAAGGAAACAGGAGGAGGAGAGGAAGAGAAAGGAUGAGGAGAGGAGAGAGGAAGAGAGGCGGCGGCAGGAGGAGAGGAGGAAGCAAGAAGAGGAGGAUAGGCGCAGGAGAGAGGAAGAGAGGAAGAGGUUAGAGGAGGAGAUGGCGAGAGAGAAGGAGGAAGAGGAGAAGAGGCGGCAGCGGGCUGCGGACGCAGCAAUCCGAGAUGCAGAGGAGAGGAAGAAAGUGGAGGAGGAGAGAAGAAGGCAGGAAGAGGUGGACAGGAAGAGGCGUGAGGAGGACAGGAAGAGAGUGGAGGAGGAGAGGAAGGAGGAAGAGAGGAGGAGGCGGCGGCAGGAGGAGGAGGAGGAGGAGAGGAAGCUGAAGGAAGAAGCGAAGAGGAAGCUGGAGGAGGAGAAGAGGAGAAGACAGGAGGAGGCGUUGCGGCAACCAAGUGCAGGGAAGACAAACAUCCAUGACAAACUGUCAGCCCUUCUCAGAGGACUAGAGGAGAGGAAAGGUGGUCUGCAGCCCCAGGCCAUGGAGCAUAGGAAAUCUGCGGCGCUCACUUCCUUCCGGGCGCUCUACCCCUUCACCGCUCGCAACCAGGAUGAACUCAGCUUCGAGGCCGAUGAGCUCAUCGAGGUGGAUGAGAGUACGGAGCGGGAGCAGGGUUGGCUGUAUGGCUGUCGGCAGGGGAAGAUGGGCUGGUUCCCAGAGAGCUACGUGGAGAGACAGGCCAAACCAGAGACACCUGCUGCUGCUGUUAUUAAUGCAACUACAGCUGCCACUACCACUGCUGUUGCUACUACUGCUGUUUAUGCUGCUGUUGCUAAACAGGCCCCCAGACCACAACUCUCCACCCCCAAACACACAGGGAAACCCGGGGGAGACGCUACCAUGCCAACGGGACAGAACUCCGCUUUCACUCCUACACACGCCCCUCACCACGCCCCCGUGGAUCAGAUACAGGUGGCGGGUAGCCUGCAGGCCCAGGCUCUGUGUUCGUGGACAGCUAAGACAGAGAGCCAUCUGAACUUCAGUAAGGAUGAUGUGAUCUGGGUGCUGGAGCAGCAGGACAGCUGGUGGCUGGGGGAGCUCAACGGGGUGCAAGGCUGGUUCCCCAAAACAUAUGUCACACUCCUGGGAGACAAUGAAGACACCACCAACUCGAUAAAUUCCCCUCCUGAUGGCUCUGAAGCCACAGAUGCUGCUCAACAGGAAGAGUACGUGGCGCUGUACACCUAUGAGAGCCCAGAGCCUGGCGACCUGACAUUUAGGGAGGGGGAUGUCAUCCUGGUGACCCAGAGAGAGGGAGAGUGGUGGAGCGGAGGCAUCGGAGACCGCACCGGGGUGUUCCCUUCUAACUACGUCAAACCCAAAGAGACAGACACAUCCAGCAACUCUGGAAAGUCAGGUCAGCCUGGGAAGAAACCAGAGAUAGCCCAGGUGAGCACAACAUACACGGCCACGGGGACAGAGCAGCUCAGCCUGGCGCCAGGACAGCUUAUCCUCAUCCUCAGCAAGAACCCCACCGGCUGGUGGCUCGGAGAACUGCAGGCGCGGGGAAAGAAGCGUCAGAAGGGUUGGUUUCCUGCCUCGCACGUCAAAAUGCUGGGAUCCAACAGCGGCAAGUCCACGCCAGCACCUCUACCAGUGUGUCAGGUCAUUGCCAUGUACGACUAUAAGGCAGCCAACGAGGACGAGAUGAGCUUCUCCAAGGGUCAACUGAUCAGUGUGUUCGACAAGAACGACCCCGAUUGGUGGAAAGGGGAGGUCAACGGGGUCACCGGUCUGUUCCCAACCAAUUACGUCAAGAUGACCACUGCCGACACCGACCCCAGCCAGCAAUGGUGUGCUGACCUGAACAGUCUAGACUCUAUGAGUCCCCAGGAGAGGAAGAGACAGGGCUACAUCCACGAGCUCCUCCAGACAGAGGAGAGAUAUGUAGAGGACCUACAGAUAGUCAUGGAGGUGUUCCAUAAGCCCAUGUCUGAGUCUGGCCGUCUGACGGAAGCAGAGAUGGUCAUGAUCUUUGUCAACUGGGAGGAGCUCAUCGCCUGCAACACCAAACUGCUGAAGGCUCUGCGUGUGCGUAAGAAGACGGGGGGUGACAACAUGCCUGUCCAGGUGAUCGGGGACGUCUUGGCGUCCGAGCUGCCUCACCUCCAGCCUUACAUCCGGUUCUGCUCCUGCCAACUCAACGGAGCUGCUCUGCUACAGAGCAGGACUGACAACCAACAGGACUUUAAGGUCUUCCUCAAGAAAAUCGCCACAGACUAUCGCUGUAAAGGCAUGCCCUUGUCCAGCUUCCUGCUGAAGCCCAUGCAGAGGAUCACACGCUACCCUCUACACAUCAAAAACAUCCUGGAGAGUACCCAGGAGGAGCAUGCAGACCGCAGGCCUUUGAGAGAGGCUCUGGAGCGGGCUGAGGAGCUGUGUUCUCAGGUCAACGAGGGAGUCCGGGAGAAGGAGAAUUCCGACAGGCUGGAGUGGAUACAGUCACACGUACAGUGUGACGGAGUCACAGAGAACUUGGUGUUUAACUCUCUCACUAACUGCCUGGGGCCCCGUAAGCUGCUCCACAGUGGGAAGGUGUAUAAGAUUAAGAGCAAUAAGGAGCUGUGGGCUUUCCUCUUUAACGACUUCCUGCUGCUCACCCACGCUGCCAAACAGUUCAGCUCCUCAGGACCAGACAAGCUCUUCAGCACCAAGAACAACACCCAGCUCAAGAUGUAUAAACCGCCGGUGUUCCUCAACGAGGUUCUCGUGAAGUUGCCUGACCCCUCCAGCGAAGAGCCCUUCUUCCACAUCUCCCACAUCGACCGAGUCUACAGCCUCAAAACCGAGAACAUCAACGAGAGGACGGCCUGGGUGCAGAAGAUUAAAGCUGCCUCAGAGGACUUCUUAGAGACUGAUAAGAAAAAGAGAGAGAAGGCAUACCAAGCUCGUUCCCCUGAAGGGCCAGUCGAAUCGGCCGCGCUGUUUAGUAAGAGUAACCCUUACUGCGAGGUAACCAUGGGGGCUCAGAUCUACACCUCUAGGACCCUCAGUGACACGGUCAACCCCAAAUGGAACUUCAACUGUCAGUUCAACAUCAGAGAUUUGUACCAGGACGUCCUUUGCAUCACCAUCUUCGAGAGGGACCAGUUCUCCCCUGACGACUUCCUGGGUCGUACGGAGGUUCCCGUGGCGACCAUAAAGAAGGAGUUGGAGAACAAGGGUCCAGCGACGCGCCGUCUGCUCCUCCACGAGGUCCCCACUGGAGAGGUGUGGGUCCGCCUCGACCUGCAGCUCUUUCAAAACAGAGCAUCCAAAUAA